CAGUUCUAAUAUUUCCAUCUGGUUCUAAUCUAUGUCAUGAAUUUCUUUGCUGAGACUUUCUCUUGUUUUCAUUUGUUUCAAGCGUGUCUGUAAUUGUUGAGGUAUUUUUAUGAUGGCUGCUAUAAAAAUCAUUGUUAGAUAAUUCCAACAUCUGUGUUAUUUCAGUGUUGGCAUUCGUUGAUUAUUUUUUCUUGCUGAAGUUGAGAUUUUCCUGCUUCUUGGUAUGAUGAGUGACUUUCCAUUGUAUGCUAGACAUUAGAGUAUUUCACUAUGAGACUCUGGAUCUUAUUUAAAUCCACUAGUUUAGGAGACUUUUUAUCACAUGUUUCCAGAGGGUAAGUGGAUGGGAAGCCACCUCCUUACUGCCAGGUGAUGGUGGAAGUCUAGAUUUCCCACUCUGCCUGUUGACACCUGGGGUUGGGGGUUAGUCCUAUAACUGAUGGGUGGGCAUAGAAGUCAGGAUCCCCACAAGGCCACCAGUGACAUCACUGUGGUCUGAAGUCGAGAAGUGCCUCAUUAUUGCUCCCCCUUUGGUCUCCACCAACACUGCUGUGGGGAAGGGGUGCCUUAUCACUAUCACCACUUAAGAGGUGGCACGCCACAUGGCUUCCACUGACACCAUCGCAAUGGGGAGGUGAAAGGGGGCUUCAUUGCCACCAGGUGGGGAUCGAAGUCUAGGCUUCCCCAGUGAUCUCUGCUGACAUUGUGAGGGAGAGGGAUUGUUACUGUCAGGCAAGGAUGAAGGUCCUGACUCCAUUAAGGGGGAAGGUGUGCCUUGUUAUAGCCCAGCAAGAUCUAUAAUCCCUACUUAGCUUUUGCUGACAGCAUUGUUAGUGGGGCUGCACAUUUUUCUAUCACCAUUGGGCUGGUGUCAGCGGAGGCCAUGUGGACUUCCACACUCACUGAGUGGUAACAAGGCAGCCCUCUCCCACAAUGAUGUUGGUGAAGACAAGUGGGGAACAGUAAUGAGGUACCCCUUUCUCUUGGGCCGGGUUGGUUGGGGUAGGGGCAGUUAUUUUCUGUAGGUGUUCUCUCUUGCUAGGCUAUUCCUUUCUUAGUCCUUUGGUUAGAGAGAAUUGGCUCUUUUGGGGCUUUCUUUUUUUUCUAUUCUGUCUGUGCCUAUUGGCACCUACAGGUCACUGCUUCUCCAGCAAAAAGAAAACCCAGGGUCGUUCCUUAGGUCCUGAACUGGUCUACCUUCUCUCUCCAUUUCAAAGUCUUCUUAUGUUAUCUUAUAAAGAAAGUCUAGAGUUUUUGUUGUACUACUUUUGUGCCUGUCUUGAGCCAUAAUUCAUAACUAGUGAAUGUAUAAGUCGAUUCUGACUUUUGGCAUUAUAUGUAAUUUUUCAGUGAACAUCUUUAUGACUAAAACCUUAGGAUAAAUUAUUAGGACAGAAAAUACUGACCUGAAGUAUAUAAAUAUAUUCAAGAUUUUUUGAUGUAUUUUGCCAAUUGCUUUUCGGAAGGAACAUGACCCACAUAUACUUUUACCAGCAACGUGUAACAAUACUCAUUUCAAAAGAUACCCUGGUCAAUUGGACUUUACAUUUUUUCCUAAUUUUAUAGGGGCAAAUUGAUAUGAUAGUAAAAUUUCUACCAUGGUUUUGAAAGAUAUGAAGAAUUGCCAUAAUUUAUUGUAAGAUAAUUCACCAAAUAAAAGAUAUGACAAUAAUAUCACUUUCGAAUGCUUAAAAGGUGCCAGGCACUCUGCUGAACAUUUAACAUUUUAUUUUCAUAACAUGAGAAUAAACAUAUCAUAAUGAGGUAAGUAUUAUUAUCCCUAUUUUUAUGAGACUUGGAGAGUGGAGGCAAUUUGCCUAGGACAUAUAAUUAAUGAGGUGGGAUUGAAAUUUAAUCCAGUUUUCUCCCACUCCAAAUCCCUUGCCUGGAUUCACUGUGGGCAGCAAUAAUGAGCUGAUUUGCUUAAAUGAUUAACAGGCUCAUUUGUUGUCAGAAACGAUGGGCAAAAUUACAACAUUUCUUUGUUCAGUAUCAGCAGAAGGCAUAUAGGAAAAACCAUUCAAUCUACUGGUUCCAUUUUCAAUAUACAGCUAUUAAUAAAUGGUGAUGGAGAAAACCAAUCAAGGAUGCCAAAUCUUCACCUUAAUUGCAGACUAUUAAAAGCCUUCAAAUCAAUAUCUAGUUUUAAAAUAUGUGAAUGAUUUCUUUUGUAAGAACUGCAUUCUGGAAAUAAUGAUCCAAUCUGGCAGAAAACAAGCUGAGUUAUGUCAAAUUGGGGUUUGGGUAGGGUUAGAUGUGACUAAUCCUUUAUUACUUUAAGGGAUUAGAAAAUAAGAUCUCCUUGCUUUUUAAAAAUUUUCACUCAAGUUCUUCAAAGAUGGAUCUUGAUCACCAUUAAAGCUCCUGCCAUGGUGACCAUGCUUUGAGAUAACUCAGAGGAAUGAGCCAGCAAGAUAUCGCCUUUCCAGUCUCCUCUAGUAUAACAAUUAGAAUGUGAAUCUGAGCCAAGAGAAUUAUAACAAUUGCACAGAGUCAAAUGGCAGGAAAACCAGGUUUUAUUCCUCACACCUCGACUGUCAUUUGUGAACCCCUGUGGAGAGUCUAGAGACUGUGAAGAAUGUCAUAAAUUAGUGCAGAUGAUCUUUAUGCAAAGUGGACAGAGGUGUGGAAUCGCUGUAAAAAGAAUAUUUAUCUAGUAAUUUGAAAGUCUUGUUUGAGAUGUCAGUACACGUAGAAAGACAAAUUGGACAGGCUUGAAAGUUCCAGUUCAGCUAAUUUACCAUAGCUUGUUAAGUUGACCCUAAAUAGGGGGAGAUCGAUUAUUUCCAGUUGCGGUUCUAUGGUAUCAUUAGAACAGCCGGAUUUGGCCUUUGUGUCAUCUGUUAAAACGGGUGGUGUGUGGAAAUGAUGAGGCCUUGUUAGCCAUAAAUCAGAUUAUAAUGAAAAUCUGAAAUCCCAGUAUAAUGCCUGUUGUUAGUUGCAAUGAGAUUUUGAUAAAACACAAAGCCUAUUACAUCUAAAGGAUGAAUACCAUGUUAUUAAUCAGAAUUCCAGCUGCUGUUAAUUUCUAUUUUUAUAUUUAAUUUUUGUUAAUUAAGGAACAGUGUAUUUAUUCAGAGAAAAGACAAUACUUCAUUAAAUAGCUGUUUCAUACAACCGAAAAAGGAAGAUUAUUUGACACCAACUGUGGCAAACAGCAUGUAUUCAUUUGAGAAAGUAUUUGGGGGGAAAUCUUUGCCUACAGAAUAUUGAAUAGAGUGUUUAUAUAUAUAUAUUUAUUGCUUGUUCUCUGUUCCUCUGGAAAUCAUUAAACAUUUUCUCCAGAUGAGGAAGCCUGUUAUCUCUAUUUCUUCAUGAAUUAUUGAAAAAAAUGAUCCAAGUAACACUUCAGGUGUCAGUUCCAUGCUAGGAUGAUGUACAGUGCAAUCCAUUGUGACCUUGAGGUGAAUUAACUCAACCCUGAUGAAAUUUGUUGAAGAUAAAAUUGGGAGAUGCAGUCAAAGCAUGAAAAAUGCAAAAGAACCUGAUUAAGUUUUCUUCCUCUAAAGAGGUCAGAGCUUCAUGGUGGACCAAGUUUGGUCUUCUCUGUGUUUUUGGACCAUUGUCAUGCACAGCUUCCUGGGUGAGAGGGUCUAAAAUUAAAUCUCAGGCAUUCUGAGAGAUGAGAGGCAGGCUGCCCACUUAGAGGCACCAUCUCACACAUCAGGAAGAGCUCCCAAAUUAAGGAUCCCAGGGAUUCCGUUCAAGCGAUAACAUGGAAAACAAGCCUGUGCUGCAGAGGUGAUCUGGAUGCAGGAAGAAAUGAAAGACGCCUACAAUCAAAAAGUACUAUUCUGGAACUGCAGAGGACCAGUAAGCUGCCUGACCAGUGCCAAAGAUCAAUCAGGAGGACUGAGCAUCCAACAAGGUAGAAGCAGGAGCCAGGACUCUCUCUCAAGUGGACCAAAGCUCCUCUCUGAAGAGACCAACAAUAGCACAUUCAUCAGAAGAGCUGAGGUGGAGCCGCGGAGGAGACAACGGAAGGCUGGGCCCCGGGGGGCCAGGCUAGAGGAAAGAAAAGAGACUCCUCUUCCAGCCAAGAUGAAAGACCUGAACACCAUUCAGGAAACUUCAGCGGCCCUGCAGAGUGAAGGCCAUGAGCAGGAAGACAAAAUGGACAAUCAAGCACAAAGAGAAGAUACACAUGACAAUCUCCCAAAGACACAGCGCUCUUCAGUACACUUUUUUCCAAAGAUGAUGGAUUCAGAUACUACAACACUGUCAUGGUCACGGUCAUUAUCUAAUGAAACACCUCUCAGUUGCUUUCUGUCUACGCCUCAGAUUAGUGGAGCAACUGUAUCAACAAUUGGAAGAAAGUCUAAAUCUAUUAUAGUGAGCCAUUCCCGAUCAGAAAACAGCUUGGGAAUCAACAGCUUCAUAAUUCCAAAGAAACAUACUCCACCAGUCACUGCUCCCGAGCCAGGUGUGACUGGAGAAGGAGAGGAUUAUUUCCUAUCUUUGUUUGGUGAUUCAAAGAAACUUAACGCACACUCACUCCACGCUGAGAAAACUUGGAAGCAUUUUUCUAUGAUUCUUGAAGAAGUGGGCCAAUCUAGAUCCAGUGCUCUGGGAGACAUUAAAAUAGCUGAAGUGAAUGUCAAGGGUUUAUUCGUGAAGCUCAUUAACUCUUCCCUUGACAAAGAACUGGAGAUUGGAGAUCAUAUUCUCCAGCAAAAUGUGAAUGGACAAAUAAUCUGUUUGUACCGAUUCCUUCCAAAUAUCAUAAUGCAAGCCAACUCCACAGUAACGGUGUGGGCAGCAGCAUCUGAAGCAAAGCAUCAGCCACCAGCAGAUUUUCUUUGGAAGGAACAAAACAAGUUCAAAACAAGCCCGAACUGUACAACAAUCCUGUGCAAACCUAAUGGGGAAGCUGUUGCCUGGUACACUCCUAUUCACUGGAAGCAAGCGUGGGAGAAAUUAGAGACCGACAUUGAAUUUGACAGAUGCUCAAUAGUAAGUCCAGCAUCUCGAAGGCAUUUGUUCCACUGGCCAGAAGUUCCAAGUACAACUGAAGAAAAACAAGAUCAAUCUAAGAAAGACAUCUCAAAAUGUCAUAUGGAACCAGUACAAGCUUUUCUUAAGAGAGAAAAGGAAAUCCCACCAACCCUUUUCCCCAAUCGCAGCCCUUGGUGCCACAGUCCCGAUGUCCCUGCACACCCCUACUGUUCUCUUAUUGAACCUCACAUUACCAGCAUGGCUGGAAGCAGCUUAGAUAGACAGCCCAGGCCUCAGUCAGCCAGGCCUAAUCCAGCACAGGGACCAAGAAAAACAAGACAUCUCGGUUACAAAAGCAAUAGGCAAUCAACUCAAUCUUUGAAGAACAAUAAUAUCCAAGCCUAGAUAACACAAGAACGCCUGACCUGUCCAGCCAGCCUUCAUUACACAGGAGAGGAAGCCGGCAGCAAGCAAGAAAAUGGAUUCUUUUAGAAAAGAUAAUUCCUCAGGACUUUACUGUAACGACUUCUUAAAGAAGGAGAUAGAGUUUGUGGACAAGUUCAAACAUUUGUUUUCUAGGCUGUAAACAAGAAAAACAUUGGUCAAAAGCAAAACCAUCACAGUUUUCAUUUUAUGUACAUGGAGUUCCCCAAUCACUAACUUGAGUCUUUUGUACCCUGCCCCGGGGUUAGGUCAACAACUUCUGCCAUUUCCGCAAAUGCACUUGUUUCAGGGAUUCUCAAUCUUAUGGUCUGAUUCUCUACACUUGGAAUCUGUCUCCAUAUAGCAUGGAUUAAUUUAGCUUCCUAAUGACUGGAAGUAAUAAGUGAAGUUUGCAUGGAGUACCUAGUUGGGAGCUUUUAAACUUGACUACACUUAGCUCAAAUUCAGCCAAAAUAGUCUCACCUUCCAGCUUGUGAUACUAGGCACAAAAUCUCAUGGAUAGAGAGUGCCAAAGGGCCAAGAAUUUUUCAAUUAAAUAACCUGAUAGAGCUACCUUUUUUUAACCAUUCUGACUUCUUAUUCAUUAGCUAUCUUAUUCUAUACCUAUCAAGAGUAUAGAAGUUGAAGAAAUAAUGAAAUAUGCUAU